AUUGAAAUGGAAUCACUUUUUUUGUCAUCACGCAGGACUCUUCAGUUUACAGAAUUGAGUCUCUACAGGUGGUUGUCUGCAACCCUGUGCAGAAAGAAAUAGGCUUACAGACUGAAGGGGUUUUAAAUUCUAUUUUUUAUUUUAAAUGCGCAAACAAUCCCUCAGGUUUUAUCUCGCUUGAUUUAUGUAGCCUAAUGACUGCUUCACACACCGACUCGUAAUUUAUUCCCAGUUGUUUGAAUCGGGUGUGUCUUCUAAUUAGUUGAUUUGGAACACUUUGUGCAUUCGGUUUCCACUUGUCAUUCUAGAACGGAAAACCACCCGGUCAAAAGCCGACAGGUAAGGUGACAACGGCUGUGACUGUUCGUUUUUUAAAUUUUUUUAUUUUAACUUGAUUUAUUUUGAACUGAGACACUUUACAAGUUCCAGACAACUAUGUAUAACAUGAUGGAACACGAGUUGAAGCCCUCUGGGCAACAGCAGUCGCACCAAACCGCCAUGUCUCCGGUCACCGGCAACUCUCACCCGGGGUCCAAAUCCCUGUGUCCUCCGGGCGGGGACCCCAUGGACAAGGUCAAAAGACCCAUGAACGCAUUCAUGGUCUGGUCUAGGGGCCAGCGCCGCAAGAUGGCCCAGGAGAACCCCAAGAUGCACAACUCUGAGAUCAGCAAGCGGCUGGGCGCGGAGUGGAAGCUACUGACUGAUGCUGAGAAGCGGCCAUUCAUUGACGAAGCAAAACGCCUCAGGGCGGUGCACAUGAAGGAUUACCCCGAUUAUAAGUACAAACCACGCCGUAAAUCCAAGCCCCUGCUCAAGAAGGACAACCAGAUGGGAAAGUACCCUCUCUCUGCCGGGAACCUGCUGGCCGCCGCGCAGGGCCAAGGUGGGAGCCCCAGGAUGGAGAGUUACGGGUGGGGCCCGGCGGGAGGCUACGCCGGGAUGCAGAGCGAGGCCCUGGGCUACACUCAGCAGCUGCACCGCUACGACCUGUCCGCGCUCCAGUACCCCCAGGCCAUGACCGCAGCACAGACGUAUAUGAACGGCGCCAACACUUACAGCCCCAUGUCUUACAGCAGCAGCCACCAGCAGCCCAACCCAAUCAUGUCCAUGGUGAAGCCAGAGCCAGUGUCGCACUCCCCGACUGGUGGACCUAACCACCACCGCGGGCCUCUCCAGGGGGACCUGCGGGAUAUGAUCAGUAUGUAUAUCCCCGGAGGGGACACCACUGACCCGGUCUCCCAGAGAGGCGGCUACAGCGUCCAGCAACACUAUCUCAGUGGGACUGUGCCUCUCACUCAUAUCUAGGGAUUGGUGGGGAUAGUGACUGGGACUCAAUGUGAGUGUGCUGGCUUGGAGAGGCUCAAGGACACCAGUUAUGUCACACACGCUUGGCACAACAUUGUCAGACCCACUCAUUAUGGUCCCGUGUUGCGUUUAUAAAAAAAAGUGACUUUAUAUAAAAAGGUUAUUUUUCUACCUCUGCAUUUUGACUACAAUAAUGAGCCCCCCCGUCGUCCAUCCUGUCCUCUGUCCCAAGACUAGGUUGUUUCGUUCAGUUGCCAAUCCACUUCUUGGACGGAGACCCUUUUCAAUUAACUUCUCAUUAUGAUGGACUGCUGUACUGUACAUAGACAUUAUGAUGAUUAAAUGUUUGUUUGUGUACAUAUUUUUUCCCCUCUGACAAAAACUGAGCUUGACAUCAAAAGCUUCCAUUCAAAAACGCCCAGGCCCCUAUGUAUGUAACACAGCACGUGACUGUAGUAUGUUCACAAUUGUUCCAUUGUGUUCGGUCUCCUGUCUUGUCCUACUGGCACAGUAGUGUCGGUCCCUCGGGUUGAUCGGUAAUCAUCAUGAACUAAACCAACCAUGGGGGGAGGG